CGCUGCUCCAGACGCGCUGAGCGGACACUCUGAGAACAUCUGCACGAGUCAUGGCACAGCUAUCCUCCAGCACACCGCGUUAAAGCGCCGAGAGGAGCUCUCCAGAAGCGCGCGAGCGGGAUGCGGGGCGCUGAUGCUGCGCGAUAGAUUUGGAGAGAUUCAGUGAGACUCGUCAGGAGAGGCACGGAGGCUGCUCGCGGCAGAUUUUGGAUAAGAGUCUCUAAGAGACAUGGCUUGCCUGCGUUCUGUGCCGGCGAGGAGGAAUCAUACCGCGUCCAUCUGCUCUGUGCUGCUCGUUCUGUUUCUUACACUCGGAUGCCAGCAGAGAUCUCUCCGCGCAUCCGCAACCCUUCAGGCUGGUCCUCAAGUGAAGCGUAAAGCUCUGCUGGAGACUCUGCGGUUACCUCACAACACAGAAUAUGAAAUCGUGGCCCCGUUCGAGGUGGACCAUCAAGGGCACUACGUUUCCCAUGCCGUAGCCCACCAUCACCGAGAGGAAGCGCUCCGGAGGGUCAAGAUGGCGGCGCGCGUGCACUUCAGGCUGCGUGGACUAGGACAGGACUUCCUUCUGGACCUGCGGCCGUCACAUGACCUGAUCGCCCCCAGCUUCACCGUACAGACGCUGGGCAGGAGCGGCACCAAGAGCCUGCUGCCUUUUCCUCAGGACCACCUCUGCUUCUACCACGGCGUGCUGAGGUCAGAGGUCAACUCAUCCGUGGCCCUGUCGACGUGUGCAGGGAUGUCAGGUUUGAUCAGAACUCAGGAUGCAGAUUACUUUCUGAAGCCGUUGCAUCUACAUCAGGCACUUCUGGAGAACUUCUCAGCCUCACCUGACCACCACCCCCACAUCCUAUACAAGAGGUCCACACCAGCGCAGACCAGCAGAGACAGGAGGUCAAUUGAGCCAAAGACGGUCAGCAGAAGAGAUUCAGCAGUCCCGUAUCUCUGGACGGAUGCAAAGGAGAACCAGCAUACUCCGCAGAGACAGCACUUCUGUGGAAGACGGAAGAAAUAUAUGCCUAAACCUCCUGAGGAUGAUAUCUAUAUUUUCCCGGAUGAAUAUAAGUUCAUGCCCAGAGAGAAGCGAGCCAUUAUGUUCAAACCUCAGACACAGAAGAGGCUAAAUGUGGAGACCCUGGUGGUGGUCGACCGCAAGAUGAUGGACAAUCGCCAUGAGAAUAUAACCACAUAUGUGCUUACUGUUCUUAACAUGGUCUCAACACUUUUCAAAGAUGGCACUAUUGGAGGUGAUAUCAAUGUUGUAAUUGUUGGACUAAUACUGCUGGAUGAAGACCAGGAUGGACUAGUGAUUAACCAUCAUGCGGAUCACACUCUGAACAGUUUCUGCCAGUGGCAGUCAGGGCUGGCUGGAAGAGAAGGUCGCCGCCAUGAUCAUGCCAUCCUGCUAACUGGUCUGGAUAUCUGCUCCUGGAAGAACGAACCAUGUGACACCCUGGGCUUUGCUCCAAUCAGUGGGAUGUGUAGUAAGUACCGCAGCUGUACGAUCAAUGAGGACACGGGUCUCGGUCUGGCCUUCACCAUCGCCCAUGAAUCUGGCCACAACUUUGGAAUGGUCCAUGAUGGCGAAGGAAACGUAUGCAAGAAGUCGGUUGGAAAUAUCAUGUCUCCUACUUUGGCGGGACACAACGGUCUAUUCUCCUGGUCAUCCUGUAGCCGGCAAUAUCUGAACCGAUUUCUGAAUUCUGCUCAGGCCACCUGUCUGUCUGACGAGCCCAGCGCCAUCCACGAGUACAAGUACCCUGAGAAACUGCCCGGAGAGCUGUAUGACGCCGACACACAGUGCAAGUGGCAGUUCGGAGAGAAAGCUAAACUCUGCACUCUGGACUUCAAGAAGGACAUCUGUAAAGCCCUCUGGUGCCGGGUCGGAAGAAAAUGUGAGACCAAGUUCAUGCCGGCCGCCGAGGGCUCGGCCUGCGGUCCAGAAAUGUGGUGUCGUCGGGGUCAGUGUGUGAAGCAGGGGGAUGAUGGUCCGAAGCCGGUUCACGGUCAGUGGUCAUCCUGGUCCGUCUGGUCCGGCUGCUCGAGAAGCUGUGAGAGUGGAGUGACCUACAGAGAGAGACACUGCAGCAGCCCCAGGCCGAUGUACGGCGGCAGGUUUUGCGAGGGCUCGUCUCGCUCUUACAAACUGUGCAACACCGCAGACUGUCCUCAAAACGCCGUGGACUUCAGAGCCGCCCAGUGCGCCGAGUUCAACAGCAAACCCUUCCGCGGAUGGCACUACAAGUGGAAACCCUACACACGCGUGGAUGAUCAGGACGUAUGCAAGCUUUACUGCUUCGCUGAAGGUUAUGACUUCUUCUUCGCCCUCUCCAGUAAAGUCAAGGACGGGACGCUCUGUUCACAGGACAGCUCUGAUGUCUGUAUUGAUGGCAUUUGUGAGAGAGUGGGCUGUGACAGGGUGCUGGGAUCCAACGCCGUGCCGGAUCUGUGUGGCGUCUGCAAGGGAGACAACUCCACCUGCAAGAUCUACAGAGGACAAUACACCAAACAACAUUACCUGAGCCAGUACUACCGUGUGGUGACCAUACCUGCUGGAGCACGCAGCAUUCGUGUGAUGGAGCUCAACUCCUCCAGCUCUUAUCUGGCCCUGAGGAAUCUGCAGAGGAAGUAUUAUCUGAAUGGACGCUGGACAGUGGACUGGCCCGGACGACACGCCAUCGCUGGGGCUGUGUUCAACUACAAGAGACCGUACAAUCGUCCCGAAAGCCUCAGCUCCACUGGACCCACCAAUGAGACGCUGGUGGUGGAGGUUCUCAUGCAGGGCUGGAAUCCGGGCAUUCAGUGGGAAUACACACUGAGCAAAGAGCAUACAGAGCGACGCAACCAGCCCAAGCACAGCUACACGUGGGCCAUCGUUCGCUCGCAGUGCUCAGCCAGCUGCGCAGGAGGUCAGAUGGUCAGUAAAUCAGUCUGCUACAAGGAUCUGAGGAUCCAGGUGAACACGUCUUACUGUAACUCACGAUCUCGGCCGUCCACCGGAGCCACGUCCUGCAACACACAGCCCUGUCCCGCAAGCUGGCGUGUGGAGGACUGGGCCGUGUGUAAUCGCAGCUGUGGAUCCGGAGAGCAGAUCAGACAGGUGCGCUGUGUCCAGAAAAGCGGCCUGGAUCAGGUGCAGACGGUGAGCGAUGACCGGUGCUCACAGCCAGCGCCGGCCCGAACGCAGACCUGUAACACACACAGCUGCCCGCCGGCCUGGAGCGCCGGACCCUGGUCUCAGUGUUCUCGUAAAUGUGGGAAGGGAGUGAUGAAGAGAGCGGUGGUGUGUGUGAGCGCUGUCUCUGGAGCGCUGCCGGACUCGUCCUGUGCCGCUCUGCCCAAACCCAGCGGCCAGGAGACCUGCGUGGUCAAGCGCUGCCACAAACAGCGCAAGGCCCAGUGGUUCGUCUCAACCUGGCAACCGUGUUCAGCGUCCUGUGGUAAGGGCCUGCAGCUGCGUGUGGUGAAGUGCGCAGAGAAGGACGUCGCAGGUAAAUACAGAGAACUGUCAGCCAAAAAGUGCCAGCAUGUGCCCAAACCCUUGGAGCUCCAGAGAAGCUGUGUCCUGUCAGACUGUCCCUCUCCUCGCGGCAGACCGGACUGGUACUCUUCCCCGUGGUCUCAGUGUACGGUGUCGUGUGGAGGAGGUGUUCAGAUGCGCUCCGUCCAGUGUCUCCUUCACGGCCGGCCCUCCUCCUCCUGUGUCCUGCAGAUGAAGCCGCUGAUGACCCAGGCCUGUAACACUGCCUUCUGCCCUCAGCCUCAGAAGAAAGAUGCGGUCUGUAAGGAUCAUUUCAGCUGGUGUUAUCUGGUGCCGCAGCACGGCGUUUGCAACCACAAGUUCUACGGGAAGCAGUGCUGCAGGUCGUGCUCGCACACGAGCCCCUGAGACCUCCUCGGACUGAACACAAAGACAUUGAUAAAGACUCCGGGUCCGGAGCGUGACGCGGACCAUUCCGCGCGUCGCUUUCUACAGGAAAUGACAUCAUCGAUGAAGCCCUCUGGAGGCGGGGCGUGAGGACUCACAGAGCUUGAAGCGGAUCGAAUGGGCUCCGCCUCCGGAUGUAGGCCAGACCGAAUCCAUGUGUCCAGAAGCGUGGUUUUUCCACGAACACGCCUCAUAAUAUCACGUGAAUCACAUAAACGGGCUUAAUGCGUCUCAUAGCGGAGAAUACGGUGUCAUGUAGUGGAGCUACAGUCAUUUUUGGUGCUAUAUGUUGAUAUUAACGGCAGCCGAGCAGCUGUUUUAAAUUAACACAACAACGAAUCAGCGCUUUUGUAUGAUUAAUAUUAAUUCUCUUAUUUAUUAACAAUGCUGCAGUAUACCAGAAUGCUUUUCUGCUGUAACAUACGGCUUUAAUGUUGCUGUUCGGGUAUAGUUGCACGAUUUUUUUUUUUUUUUUUGUAUGUUUAAUCGUGCCUCCGCAGUACUGUUACGUGUUUGGGUUUCAUUAUUUCGGAGGAAAACAGAAUGCCAAUUAAACUAGCUUAAUGAACUGUCACGUUUCACGAAGUCAGCUCUCUUCGCGGGACGUUUUUAGCAGCGGCGCGGCUGCCAAGAGCCGUAAAUCUGUCUUUGGUCUGACCGAGAGAUGCUGCACAUGUGGGUUUUGAACAGAGCUGCGUCUCCCAUCAUGUACAGAGUUUGUGUGCGUGUCCAUGAAUGUAAUCGCUCGUCCGCAACCAGCGUUAUUCUCGAGAGUGGACGCAGGGUUUGUUAUCGACGGCGGUUCUUAUUAAAGUGACGCGUGUCACGUUGCCAUCACACGACAGCGUAGUCUUUCUCUCUUGGCCGUAGAUUGCCGGUGAUCCAGCUUCGCUGAGUCAGAGCUUUUUCUUGUUCUUCACGCGCUAUUGUUUCCAGAUGGAGUCAGGCUAGGCCGCUGGAGCGCGUUCAGGAAUUAAUAUGACUUGUGAGCUUUUCACCGGCUUCUAACGUACGGCUCUGUGAAGACUUUAACAGAAAACACAUACAUCGCUUUACGUUAUUAAUGUCUCGUGGCAUUCGGUGAGACUUAAACCAUGUUUCGUUAGAGUCUUUUGAAAGUUUAGAUGAAUGUGCUGAACGUUACUGAAGCGAUUCUGAACGUGGAGCAACUGCUGCCAUCGCAAGCAAUAAACCAGAUGAAAACCAUCUAAUACUUACGCUGAAUGAUUACACGACGGCCUUCGUUGGUGCUGUGAGGCCGUGCUGAUCAAACCAUCAGCUCCAGAGGAAAACAAAUAUUCAAUCUCACCCUAAAAUCCGUUUUUGAAUCCAUUCGGACGACCUCCGGGUCUGACCGUAGAAGGUUUAGCAUAGCUUAGCAUAGAUCAUUGAAUCUGAUUAGACCGUUAAAACAUUUCCAAAGGGUUUCAAACUUUUCAUUGCCCGCCUGGCUUAGUGCAGAAAAGUCAGGUUUUCAAUAGGAAAACUCUAGAAACUCUGGACAUGUUAGAUGCUUCUGGUCUAAUCAGAUUCAGUGAUCUAUGCUAAGCUAUGCUAAAAGUGCUAUCGCCGUACAAUAAACAAAUGAUUAUAUAUAAAUCGUUGGCUUGUUGUUCUACACACAUGCAUACAGACAUAAACCACACAGUCAUGAAAUGCACUUAUUUAGACGCUCCGAUAACAACAGAAGACAAUACUUUUCUGGUAAGAAGCGUGCAAACUCAAGCAUUUCUCUGUCCAGUCCGCUCGAUUUAAAGUGUUUUACCACAGCUCUCGUCUGUUUUUUGUCUUUUUAUCUAAUAAAUUUGUAAUAUGAUCCAUAAUUGCUACCUGGUAAAUUUAAUAACAGUAUUUCCCUCAACCGCUGCUUUUGUCAUUGAUUUUGGGGUUGUGCUGAUCGUAAAGUGUUCUGGGUGGACCUUUCCAAUUUUGGUAAUAACCAAACUUCUGUGUAACCCCCAAAAUUGUGUUUUUUUGACUCGUGGCAUAAACAUAGCACCUUUUAGCGAGACACGAAAUACGUACCAACAAGUACAUAUGGCUGCAGUUUCCUGAAGAACGCGGCGUGUUUUAACACUGUCUGCUAGGUUUAGGGUUGAUUUGAUGUAGGGCAUGUUUCCAACAUGAUAAAAAAAAGUGCAUGUUUUUAUGAGAGCAGGUUGUUUUUUGGUUACAGUACUCCUUGAAUCUAGACCCUCCUCACUUUAAAUGUAUUAUUAUUAUCUGUUACUAUUGCCAAAUUUUACGCCAAAUUUCUUUUUUUGUCUUAAUGAAACAGUUUGAUGUGUAUAUAAGAUUCUUUCACGAUUCUCAUAAGCUAACAUAGUAUGCUUUGGAUUAACGUACGUGACCCUCGUCGCCUUUCGUUCUCAUUUUGUCUCAGUAUUUCUUGUUCUUUUGAUGCAUGAAGCUAAAAAAUGUUAAAUAAUAUGCACUUGCUCAGAGAAGAGAUGAGAAGAGAUGAGCUCAGAGAACUGCUGGUCAGAUUCAGGACUAGAAGUGAAGAGCUCGUCGUCACAGACUGAUGGACGGCUGGUCAGUGUGAUCUGUGUUCGGUCCGGUGUGGAGUGGAUGUGAACUAAAACAAGAGCUUUCCUUCCAGACAGAGUUGGGGAGGGACUAGUUACAGAGUUAUGUAACUGAAUUACCAAAAAAAUGGAACUAAUUUGUUACAGUUACUGAGAAAAACGUACAGUUACUUGAUAAAAAAAAUGAUGAUUACAGAGGGUUAUAUCACAUCCCGAUAUUUCCACAUUCUUCUUUUCCAAAUUGCACCAAUUGAGACACCGAUGUUUAAGACAUAACUCUUUUUUGCGUUCAUGCUUUAUUUUGAAUCUUUUGUUAGAUGCCAGUGGUUCCUGUCACAGACAUGCGAAGAAUUAAAACCGAAGCUUCUGAUUUUAAAUCAACCUUGAAACCAUUCAAAGUCGUCUGUUUUUCUGGUGACUCUGCUUCCCAGUUAAAUGAUCGUGAUCCUGAAUCCAUCGCUGGACUACUGUACGGUUAACACCGCCUGCUUUAAACGUCUGAACAUUCAUAAGAAAUGUAGAAACCUAAUUAAAUGAAUACUGCAUUUGAAACAUUUACACUACUUAUUUUAGACAGGGUAACUUGUGCUCUGUAACCUACUGUAUAAUACAUAUCAUCUUCUGGAUUGGUUGUAAUGUCGUUUUCCCCCCAGCGCUGACCAGACAGACACAUAUUGACCGUCUCUAGUCAUUAACUAACUCUGGGUCUCCGACGGCUCAUUAACUCAGUGUCUGAUUUGCCCACGCUUUGGUAUUAAUAUCCCUUGUUGGUCUUAGAACAACAUUUCUAUCAUUUAGAUUGUAAGGUGAAGGCUGAGGUUGAAGCUCGAACAAAGCUCUUAUCAAGCUGUCACUUCUGUCUGGUUUUAGGGUUAGUGAGCGUUUAGGGUCAGGGUUAGUUCACCCGAACUGACCUUCACACCCCUUAUACUCUGUCGAGGUUAUAAUAACCUUGUUUUAUUCGUGCCGUUUUUCCUUUGCGUGUUCAAGGUGUGAUUCUUAGCGUCUUCUCCACCAGCAGCUCAGGACCGAAGGUGACAUUAAUAUUAAUCAAACACCGAAACACGCUCGCUGCCGUUCAUUUACUUCUGUUCCUCAGGCUGUUUACGUGAAUAAUUAGGCUACAUUAAGAAAUCAUUAUACUCUUUAAAUAAAGGAUUGUGUCCAAAAGCAUUGUUUUUUGUUUCACAGAGCAUAAAUGCCGGUGUGAUCAGAAUAACAACUGAGAGUGAAUUUCAAUGUAAAUAGCCAUGUUUUUUUAUUUUAUACUUUUUUUUAAGCUGUAUGCAAAUUAGAAUCGUAAACUUCAUUUAAAAGGCGGUGUGUUUGUAAAUGCAUGUUUAAGAAAGCAUGUGAUGGAGUGAGCAGGACAGGAUCUGAAGACGGCAGACGUCUGCUGCCCUCGCCUGGUCCUCACAGAAACACGCCAGGACUUUAAUACUACAUACAUCUGAUGCUGAAACCCAACUAACUAGACCUCUUAAAUCAAACAAAAAUGCAAAUGUUUAAUUGCAUGCUUUUUAAUGUAUUUUUCCUGUAUAUAUUAUAAUGUGAUUGAUACAAUCUCUCAUUUGAUUUGAUUUGAUUUUAUUAUUUAUAUAAAUUGUCAUUGGUGUUAAACUGAGGGGAAGGCCGUUACAGUCAAUACAAAUAUUUAAUGAGAUAUUAUAAAAUAUUAUGUAAUAUUCAAGAUAAAUAUUCUUUUAAACAAGCAAGUUUUUCAUUAACAAAACAUAAAAGAUAAUAGCUUUUUUUUCUGCAUUUACUUAGUGCCCUUAACACACACUAAAUCUCUAAUAAUAAAUCUCUAAUAAUAAAUAGAUAGUGUAACUAUUUUACUUACUUUAUUAAAGUUAUGUAACCGAUCACAUUUAAUUCUUCCCUUUUUUUUACUUCAUCAAAUUUCCAACAGAAGUGUUUCACGUCACACUUUGAAAAUCCUUCAUAAUUUGAGUUAUAAACAUCUGAGUUACAAAAUCAGACUUCAGUCAGGCUUCGAGGUUAAACGCAGAUUUAAAAUCAUAACAAGAAAUAGUUUAAUAGUUAUUAUGCUGUUUUUGAAACCAAAUAAGCAGCCUAUGUGGAAUGCUAUUAUGUAU